AUGGAGCUGAUGGACUCUCUGCGUCACCCCGGCAACGCCUCACCCCCUGUAGGAAACAGCACCCUGCUCCUGGUUCCCGCCGCAGCCAACAGUCUGGUGGUUGCCAUGCCUCUGUUCGCGGCAUUUAUCGUCGGCAUCACCACCAACGGCCUCUAUCUCUGGGUGCUGCACUUCAAAAUGAAAAAGACCGUCAACGCGCUCCUGUUCUUUCACCUCAUCCUUUCCUAUUUUAUUUCAACGCUGAUCUUCCCAUUCAUGGCCACCAGCUACCUUCAGGACAACCACUGGAACUUCGGGACGGCACUGUGCAAGGUCUUCCAUUGUACGUUGUCUCUGGGAACGUACACCUCUGUCUUCUUCCUCUCCGCCAUCAGUCUGGACCGCUACCUUCUCACUCUGCACCCGGUGUGGUCGCACCAGCACCGCACUCCCCGCAGGGCGAGCAGCAUCAUCCUGGGAGUCUGGAUCUUUGCCGCCCUCCUCAGCAUUCCCUUUUUGCUUUUCAGAGAGACACAUAGUACCCCUAACGGAACCGUGAUCUGUCGAAAUAACUACGCUGUGUCUCCUAACUGGGAAAGCGAAGAGAUGCGGGCACUGAGGACACGGGUUCAUGUUGUCUGUUUCACCAGCCGCUUCUUGGUGGGCUUCCUUCUACCUUUCUGCAUCAUCACCGUUUGUUACUGGAGAGUAGCGCUCAAGCUCAAAGAGAAGGGCCUGGUGAAAUCCAGCAAGCCCUUCAAAGUCAUGAUGACUGCCAUUGUCUCUUUUUUUGUGUGUUGGUUACCCUACCAUAUACUCCAGGGCUUAAUUCUCACUCAGGACCGGUCGGUCUACUUUCAGUUUGCUCUGAUACUUACAGUGAUGACCACUUCUUUCAAUACUGUCUUUUCUCCCACACUCUACCUCUUUAUCGGGGAGAACUUCAAAAAGGUUUUCAGGAAGUCCAUUCUUGCUCUGUUUGAGUCAACCUUCAGUGAGGAUUCUUUUUCAGAAAGGACACAAAACUUAAAUUCUGAAACUAUAAUUUAA